UCCUUUUGUUUUCCAAGAGGAUCAUUUUGGCUGGUAUGACCGAAAGAAGAUUGCAGGCUGCAGACGGGUGUGUCAACUUGACCGAUGGCGAAUGGAGUGGAAGGCGUGGAGAAUGCAAGACGAUACAGUAUCCUAUCUCAUGUUGCACUCGUCAACAAGAGUGUGAUCCAUCAUCCAGAAAGGUCUGCGGUGAGGAUCGAUGUCACUUCAAUCGUUGGAGGGCUUCCUCCUCCUGCCCUUCCUCCUCCUGCCCUUCCUCCUCCUGCCCUUCCUCCUCCUGCCCUUCCUCCUCCUGCCCUUCCUCCUCCUGCCCUUCCUCCUCCUGCCCUUCCUCCUCCUGCCCUUCCUCUCCGUCCUUCUGCCCUUCCUCCCCUCCUUCUGCCCUUUCUUCCCUUCUUCUGUCUUUCCUCCUUCUGUCUUUCCUCCUUCUGUCUUUCCUCCUUCUGUCUUUCCUCCUUCUGUCUUUCCUCCUUCUGUCUUUCCUCCUUCUGCCCUUUCUCCUACUGCCCUUCCUCCUACUACCCUUCCUCCUUCUCCUUCUGUCCUUCCCUCAGUCUGGAUCCAUUCACCAUUUCUCUUCUUCUCCAGAGACUGCCAGUGUUUGCUUGUAAGAGCCCGAUGAAUGCGAGUGCAGAGUCAUCAUGAAUGAAGAAACUUUGACCGGCUUAAUUGAUGAACCAAUGACGACGGACUUCUUCAGUAAUGUUGAAUGGAUGUCAAGCC